AGCCGCGCUUCGUCAAUGUCCAACUGAUGGACGACACGCGAUCCUGAGCGCGAGGAAGCUUCAAAAGAGAAAACGAACUGCCCAUGAUCUGAUCAUCGAGAUAAAACGCGAGUGCCAACGUUCAGGUUCGAGAUCCCAGCUGUGAUAGGUUCCUUGAUCACGGGGUGGAGUGUGGCCUGCGUGACGAAUCCUGCCAACUAUUUCCGGCGGUACACACGGCACCGCUGACCGCAAGGUGACGUUUGCUGUAAAUCGAGGUGUGCUGCUGCCGGAUUCGAAGGUAGAUACCGAAGGGGGGUGAGAGAGGCGAAACACGACUGGUGUAACACGUCAAACUGACGAAAGUCUGCGUCAAGCGUACAAGGAGGACCAACUAAGUUGUUGGAGAGAACGACAUCUCUGCAAAGCUCUGCGCACAGUGUUCUAUCGCACGCUCCGGUUGCAAGAUGGGCCUCACAAUCAGCAGCCUCCUCACUCGGCUGUUUGGUAAGAAGCAGAUGCGGAUAUUGAUGGUGGGCCUUGAUGCCGCCGGCAAAACCACCAUACUCUACAAACUGAAACUCGGUGAGAUUGUUACCACCAUACCUACGAUCGGCUUCAAUGUCGAGACAGUCGAAUACAGAAAUAUUUGCUUCACCGUAUGGGACGUGGGCGGUCAAGACAAAAUCCGGCCGCUUUGGAGGCACUACUUCCAGAAUACUCAGGGCCUCAUCUACGUAGUGGACAGCAACGAUCGCGAGCGUAUCGGUGAGGCGGAGCGUGAGCUGGCGAACAUGCUGAAGGAGGACGAACUGCGGGAUGCAGUGUUAUUGGUAUUUGCUAACAAGCAGGAUCUGCCCAAUGCCAUGUCCGCCGCCGAACUCACUGACAAGCUGGGCUUGAAUUCGUUGCGAGGACGUCAUUGGUAUAUCCAGAGCACUUGCGCCACACAGGGACACGGACUGUACGAGGGGUUGGAUUGGUUGAGUAACGAGCUGGCCAAAAAGUGAUAGCGCUUCACUAUACCCGGUACUUUAAGGAUAGCUCAUUCAUUCAGUGUGGACGUAGAAGAUGGGUGGAGAGAGUCACUCAACAGUUUCCAUCUUUGUCAAAUUAUAUCGAUGUAACAUCUAUCAUGUACAGUUUAACAAUCGCUGCGUUCAUAAUUGCUUACAGAAAUUGAUACAUCUUGCAAACUGAGGAUACUAGGAGCAAUUUUAAUAACUUUUUCAUCGCUGUACGCACGAUUGAUUGCGCUCUAGGAGCAAACUUGUUUUAUAGAAUGAAGAAAAAGGCAUUGAGAUACAACAGAUGAUUCUUCAUUUAUAAGAACACACACGCACGCGCGCGCGCGCGCGCGCGCGCACACACACACACACACACACACACACACACACACACACACAUGUUGUACAUAGUACUUAAGUUUUUCAUACAUGCUCAUUAUUUGCCAAGUAAAUUCUAAUUUUGCUCUUUGAUACAUCGAGUAACAAAGUACCGUUUUGACCAAUUGAUUUAAUGUGUGUAGAGCUUUUAUAUAUUAUCAUAUUUAUAUAUUAUCAUAUGUGAAAAACAUUGGUUAUCGCAAUUUAUUUCCCAUUUUGGUCUACGUCCGUGCUAUUUGUGAGGAAUGACAUAUACAAUGUAUUGUGAUGUUAUACACAUAGAUCAUUCACACUUUCUUGUUCUUCUAAUAAAUAUAAGUAAAUUUUGAGAUAAGUAACUUGCUAAUUAUAUAAGGCUUAUAGAUAAGUACUUGAUUAACUUUAAUACCAUGAAAGGAAAUAAAACUUAACUAAGGUUUCACAUGAACCGUGAUUUUCCUUUUUAAUAAAAAUAGACACUUGAAUUGUAAGAAGUGUGUUUAAAAAUUGUCACAAUAAAUCCUGAAAAUAUGGAAAAUA